AUGAAGACCAAAUAUGCCAUUGUCUUCAUCUUCAUCGUGGCCCUGGUCAUCAUCGAGAAGGAAAGCAACAUCAUCUCCAGGGUGUCAGACAAAUUGAUCCAGAGACAGAACCCCUCGCAGACCCCGCAGACCCCUCUGGACUACAACAACACCAACGGAGCCCUGAACAUACUAAAACUCCUCCUCUCCAAACUCACCAACGGGAACUUCUCCAACCUCCCUGACGACCCGCGCCCUGAGGGAUGGCUCAGAUCCAGCCUCAGCGGCGGUCAAAAGCACGUCCUCCUCCUGGCCACCACCCGCACUGGCUCCUCGUUCGUGGGCGAGUUCUUCAACCAGCAUGGCGAAGGCAUGUUCUACCUGUUCGAGCCGCUGUGGCACGUGGAGCGUAUGUUGGCGAGCGCGGCCGAAGGGAACAACGGGACCGUGUUGGGAGGGAUCUACCGGGACGUCCUGCGCGGGCUGUUUGCAUGCGAUUUCGAGCCCUUGGAGAGGUUCAUCUCGCCUUCGCCUCAAGAGCACGUGACAGCAGCGUUGUUCAGGAGGGAGUCCAGUCUGUCGCUGUGUGAAGAGCCGGUGUGUACGGCGCCGGUCAAGGACGUGUUCGAGAGAUAUCACUGCAAGACUCGUCGCUGCGGGCCCCUGAACCUGACCCUGGCCUCUGAGUCGUGCCGCUCCAAACAGCACCACACCAUAAAGACAGUGCGGGUCCGGCAGCUCGACUCUCUGCAGCCCCUAGUGGAGGACCCUCACCUGGACAUCAGGAUCAUCCAGCUAGUGCGGGACCCCCGAGCCAUCCUGGCCUCCCGCAUGGUGGCCUUCUCCUCCAAGUACCAGACAUGGAAGACCUGGGCGCUGGACGGCCAGGUGCCAGAGGACGACGAAGAGGUGAAGAGGCUAAAGGGAAACUGUGACCACAUCCGUACAUCUGCGGAGGUGGGACUGAGCCAACCUCGGUGGCUGAGGGGCCGCUACAUGCUAGUGCGCUACGAGGACAUAGCGCGCGAGCCCAUGGACAAGGCCCGCGAGAUGUACCAGUUCACGGGCAUACCUUUCAGCGACAAGGCCCGGGACUGGAUCGCCAAGAACACCCUGACCACCCAGGGGGCCAGUGGGAUUUACUCCACCCAGAAGAACUCAUCGGAGCAGGCCGAGAAGUGGCGGUUCAACAUCCCAUUCACGCUGGCGCGAGCGGUGCAGCGAGUGUGCGGGCCGACCAUGAAGCUGUUCGGUUAUAAGUUUGUCCAUGACGAAAAGACACUGGUGAAUAAGUCCAUCAGUCUGCUGGAAGAUAAGAUCUUUUACUGA